AUGGACGGAUCGUACAAGUUCCCUUCCCUGUCCUCGCUGGACCACGCAAAGGAGGUGCUCGCGAACGCGGGCGUCCACAUUUCGACCGAGCUGGCCGGCGAUUUCAAGUCGGGCACGAUGAACGGCGACGGCCUGGGUGACUACGUCCUCAUCAACCCCAGUACGCCUGGCGAGCGCCAGAUCCCGCCCAACUCAUACUACGCGAUCUUGAAGGGCCCUCGCUCUGAGCGACAGUCCGACUGCUGGGUGGUCUGGGACCCAAAGCCGCCUGCGGCCGAAGCCGUGCAGCACUCGUUCGGCUACUCGCCGCAAAACUACACGGACGCGGCGGACAUGAGCGCGGUCGCGCUCGACCCGAGCCAGUCGUACACGAUGCGCAUCUUCUCGCAGGGCAACCGGCCCUGGGGCUGUCUGUUCCAGAAGCUCGUCGUGUACCAGACGACCGACCAGCACUCGCCGCUGCCCGACGUGACGGAGACGCAUGCGCCGACGAUCGACGCCACGGGUUCCGCAAACGGCACGAGCACGGGCAAGAGCUCCAGCUCGUCGAGCACGGGCGCGAUUGUCGGUGGUUUGCGGCGGGCUGCUCCUCGCCGGCCUCAUUCUCGGGUGCUGCUGGUGGCGCAAUCGCAAGCAGAAGCAGCGCACGCGGGGCCACACGCAGAACAUCUCGUCAGGCAGCGACAUGACGCACCGCUCCGGCGCGCCCGUCCUGCGCCGGUGGGGCAGCCACACGACGGUCGAGAGCCUCGCGACGUCCCUGGACUCGCAGAGCAACUAUGGCGACGAGGAGCACCGCCAGUCCUUCCCGGACAUGGCGCUCGAUGA